AUGUUGGCUCCAAGGAAGAAACUUUGGAGCACGCCUAUUGGAGCCGUUGAUCAUGCAAUCGAAUGGACUCAGGCUGGUUUGAAAUCAAAUGACUGUAUCUGUGAUAUUGGAUGCGGAGAUGGGAGAAUAAUUCUUCGUUGGGCAGAAUUGUAUUCUGAAUCAUCAAAGAUCGACGAAUCAUCCGCGAAAAGCGAGAUUUCUGCUUCGAAAAAUGUUUCCUUCUUGGGUAUUGAUGUUGAUCCUGGACGAAUUGAGCAAUGCCAGAGCGAGCUCAAAAGGUGCAGGUCGGAAGGAUCAAUUGCUGAUUCCAUUCAGGUGAACUUUGUGUGCGCCAAUGCGCUGGAUAACACUCCUGGACUACUGCGACAAGCCAAUAUAUUUUUCCUAUAUCUGAUUCCUCGUGGGUUGAAAUUGAUUCAUCCAAUCUUGAAGAAGCAUAAAGCUGACGCGCAACUUCCUGAACUUCAGGUGAUUACUUUCAUGAAUAAGAUACCUGGAGAGAAACCUGAAGACAGAGCAUUGGUCACCGUUGAUCAUCAGCCUGGAGCAGAAUGGCCUCUUUAUUACUACAAACUACAAGGAAAUGAGCAGUCUGGUGAAUUUUUGAUUGGCGGAACAAAGUCAUUGCAAGGAAUUAAAGAUGGUGGUUGA